AUCGAAGGGUGUCCUUGUCGCACACUAUUGCUUUCCUUGUCUAGCGUCAUUAGACAAGGAGGGCACUAGCAUGCAACAAGGAGAGACAUAUAAGCGCGUUAGACAAGGAGAGCAAUAGCGUGCGACAAGGACAGACACAUGCAUGCGGUAGACAAGGAGAGCAACUGUGUGCGACAAGGACAGACAUAUACGUGCUUUAGACAAGGAGGGUAAUACCGUUUAACAAGGACAGACAUAUUCGCGCUGUAGACAAGGAGAGUGAUAGUGUGCGACAAGAACAACAAUAUAAAUUUGUUCCAGCACCUAUCCUAGGGGUGAUCCGCACGGUGCAUGCUUAAAGAAGAGAUAAAAAGAGAAGAAUCCAGAAAAGGAAUGGAAAAAAUAAUUGAUAUUUAUUUUCCUUCAUAUCUUGUUUUUCACUCUCACGGCGCUGCUGAAAGGAUCAGGUAGAAGUAAAGAGACUCCCCAGGCCAGAAAGACUCGCAAAGCUUCGCGACACUAGAACAAGCCGAGAACAAAUAAAAAAAGUACAGGAAGACUCGGAAAUAGACGAGAAAAAUCAGGGAGAGACGAGGCGGCCGAGGGGAGAGACAGGGAGAGACAGGGAGAGACAAGUAGAAUCACGAAAGUGGGAGACUCGAGAAAAGGUGUGGAAUCUUUCGUAAAAAGGAUGCAAAAUCAACCAAGAAAGAAAAACCAAAAAAGAAAAGAAGAAAAAAAAAAAGAAAGAAAAAGAUUAAUGGACAAAAAUAGCCAAGGUAAGUAGAAGACGCGAGAAGAUGGGAUGGGGCUGGACAGGAAGCGGAAGUGCAUGAUUACACCGGCGUCGUUGGCUAGUGGCUGAAGCAAUCAAAAGCCACAGGCUGUGCCGGAUUAUCCUGGGUCAGUACGCUUGGUUCCGGUCAUCCCGCGCUUCACAGUGUGCUCUAUACCUUUAAUAAGACUCAUUUCAGGCUACGCGCACGGAGAGAAUAAUUAUGGGCUUGCGCAGAUCGUUCACCCGGGGGGGGUGGGGGUAGGUGGCUAAGGAGAAAUAAAGCCUCGAGCCCAGGCGGUGAAUGCGGCCACGGAUUGCGAAAUUUCCCCGGUCCGUUUCGUCCUCGCGGUUAAUCGUAGGAUCUACACCCGAGCCGACCUGCCUCUCUCUGUCCUUCCUGUUCGCGGUAAGCCUCUCCAUCUCGUGCCUCUCGUUCGUCCACGCGGAAUAUCACGCCAGAAAUAUGAUAAACGAGUGACGAAUCAUAAUACCGAGGAUACGUUGGAACAUCGGCAGCUGCUCGCGACGUUUUCCUGGAUGCUGAGGCAUGCGCCCUAAAAACUCCGGGAUUGAUGUAUUGCAGAGCGCAGAUCUGCAUUUAUUACCUGUUGUGGACAGCGACGCUGAGCCCGAAGCUUACCUUGGAACAGGAAACCAGUACCGCGAAAAAUUUGGACUGCCCCGCAGAAUGCAUCUGCCUAUCUCCCAAGCAGGUCCUCUGCAAUACAGGCGGGUUAAAAGACAUUCCCACCCAGCAGCUGCCGCAAACAGUGGAGGAGCUCUCCCUGACAAAGAACAACUUCCCGAUAAUAAAAGGCGACGCAUUCGCCGGCCUGAGAGUGCUACGAAAGCUGACGAUGGAUGGUAACAACAUCUCGACCAUACGACCGUUCGCGUUCCGCGGCCUGAGCAAGUUACGCGAGCUUUCCAUACAGCACACACCUCUGCCGUUCAUCGAGAAGUUCUCGUUCGCGGCCCUGCAAAACGUCUCGGUGCUGCUGCUGGCGAACAACAAGAUACGUUACAUCGAGGGCUACUCGUUCGCCGGGACCUCCAACAUUCGUUUGAUCCUGCUGAGCAACAACCCACUGCUCAGAAUCCAAAGCCACGCGUUCUCUGGUUUGACGAACGUUGUUCGCCUGAUAUUCCCAUCGGGGAUAAGAACCAUCGAGCCGGACGCGUUCGACGGCCUUCAACACGUUUGGCUUCUGAAGCUGACCUACAUGGACCUGUCUUCCCUUCAGUCGUACACGUUCCGCGGCCUGUCCUACGUGCAGUCGUUGAACAUCCAGGACAGCGACCUGGGCAUCGUCGAGAAGAACGCGUUCACCGGGCUCACUCACGUCGAUCGGCUGAACAUCGUGAACAACAAGAUCGACCUGAUCGAGAAAUUGUUUCUACAGUACGAGAGCAACAUUGACACGUUGAGAUUCCACGGGAACCACGUGCUGGAGGCGCCACGCCACGUGAAGGACAUCAGCCUCGAGGUGAACUCCAUCAGCGCCGUCGACAACCACUUCCCGUGCGACUGCCAGGCUCACAACGUGCUCGAGAGCGACUUUGUCAACGGUACUGUGAGCGAGUUCCAAAAGAGGAACUACUGCAUCUCGCCGAUCGAGUACAACGGGAAGCCAAUGAAUCUCGUGGACUUCGGACUGGUCGCCAGAUGCCACGACAACGUCGUGCAAGACAACCUGGGCUCCGGCGUCAUUGGGAUCAUCACUCUGCCAACCACUCUGUUCAUCGUUCUUCUGUUCUCCAUGAAUCUCUUCCAGUGAAUCCACUGGUCUGUUUUGAGAGAGUUCUGAUUCAUUUCCUACGUUUGUACGAUUUCUGUACUUGGCGAAGCCUUUUCUAUUUCAACAGAGAGGAGUUCAAUGUCACGACAUAUCAUCAUUAAAUCUAAUUUAACGUCCCUGAUAGAUAGUCGUGAAAACGGUGAAGAUGCAUAGUCAUCAUCCGAAAAUUAUUUAUCAAUAACAUACUGCUGAUAUAUUUGAUAUGUGAUAGUAGUACUGCUACUGAUAAACUAACGACAUUUCUCCUUCAAUGGUUAGACGAGAAUUUUUGGAAGUAUACCAAGUUCUUUUCCUGCGACUUUUUUCUCACUCGAAUCGUUAUACACUUGUGUGUUUAUGUAUAUAUAAUAGGUCGUUCCAUUGUAAUACAGAUAGCCAGCGAAUUCAAACGUUAACUUUCGCCAUUAUAUUUCAACGUGUUCGUAAAACACCGAGAUAACGACCGCACCGAUUAGAGGCUUGACCAUUGUUGCAACUCCACUCCGUGAGUUAAGAGAAACUUCUCCCCCCCCCCCCCAACUCGUUCGAUUAUUAUAACUUGUGCAAUCUUAAGCAUGCGACUAUGAGCUUUAACCGGCCCAUAUAACUGGGCUGGCGAAACCGCAUCCAUUCUGGAUUUAUUCCGUAAAUUAGAGGUGAUUUCUCGAAUAAGUGACUCGUUCACAUUUAUCAUAUCAUAUCGUGUUAACUCUUUGUUUUAUACAAACUCCCGUUAACCCAUUCGUGAUCGAAAUGUUACUGAAAGAAAAGGAGGUUUUCGAGGAACUCCUCGAAAUUUAAUCUUAAUUCUCGUUAUAUAGUUUUUUUUUUUUACCAUUGUUUAUUUACAUAAUAUUUCGUGGAAAGUUUAUUUUUCUGAGGUUUCUCGAGUUCCUUGAGAUUGAUACGCGUCCCAGAAUAUGUUAAUUAUUGAUACAAGAAAUUUGAUUGAUACGCUUUAAUAUGGAUAAUAUGUACUUAAUGUGCAAUGAUUUUUGAGCGUAUAAAGCAAAGAGUUAACGACCAGAGAUGAAUAGGUAAUUUACGUCGACGAUAAUGAAAGUAUAGGAAAUAAGAAUAUAAUAAGGUGAACUUAUCUUGUAAGAACCCUUUUUGGCGUGAGAGUAAAAUUUUCGUGAUUCGAGGGAAACAGCUUUGUCCUUAGAAGAAGUUUAACUCUCAGUAGAAUUUUCAAAAUGUUACGAACUUAUCGAUAUUUCUUUGGGCACCACUUUCACUACCGUUGAGUCGGAGAAAUUGGUAAAAAACACAUGUAUCUCAAUUCUCUGAGAGUUAAUCGACCAUUUGAAUUUUACAUGUGCGUUGUCUUCCUUGGAUAAACAAGCCGUUCUAAUAAAAGGCUGAAUUUUGUUAGUGUACACUUGAAACCAGCGAUGGGAAGUUCGCGAAAAGAAUAGAUUUUCUUCAGAUUUUUUUAUUUUAUUCGUGUAACAACUAGAAUUCUCUUUCAUUGUUUACAAGCGUUUCAUUAUCUUAUCACUUAUUUACAAGCAUCUCACUGUAUAAGUUCCAAACUAAAAAUUCAAAAUCGUGCUUUUUAACUACUAAAGGAAAAGGAAAAAGAGAAAUGUUUUUUCUCUGGUCAUUUGUAAUGUAAAGUCUGCGUGGCCUUCGGUCAGCAUAGUAACCGAGGACCAAACUAGCUUAUAUUUUUUACCAACAUCUACCAUAUAACGUAUAACGAAAAAUAACAAGCUCUGUAACAUUUAUUGUAGCUAGAAUGAUCUGUCAUUUAAUAAAUGAUAAGAAAAAAAAAAAAGAUGAAUAA